AUGUCCACCACUGUUGCUUUGAAAUGCGACCAAGACGACAUGCGCCAACUGUCCACCACUGUUGACGCCUUGAAGCGCGACCUGGACGAGGAGCGAAGCCGAACCGCCGCCUUGGCGCAGCGUCUUUACGAGAUCAGUAAGACGCUAGCGUCUUGUCCUAAUGGUUACACAAUGUGGCAUGCAAUCUGCUACAAGGCCUUCCACACACCGAAGACAUACAGCGGUGCGAACGCGACCUGUGGUGAAGACGGCGGCACCCUCGCCAUGCCCCGAGACGCUGGGAUCGACGCUUUCCUGAUCUCCCUGCACAAUGCAGUGAACGACAAGGCGCCCUGCUGGUUCGGCCUGCACGAUCGUCGCGAAGAGGGAAGCUUUGAGUGGGUGGAUGGUUCUGCACUUGGGACGUACAGCUCCUGGGCUCCGGGAGAACCGAACAACCUUUUUGGCAAGGAGGAUUGUGUUAUGUACUCAAACCCAACUUUGGGAGACAGGUGGAACGACGCAGCUUGCGGCCAUUGGUUUCCCUACAUAUGCCAGGCUGUCCCAGGUACAGGCUAUAACCGUCCCAUUUCCUGA